AACUAACCAACCGGAAUUUACAACUUUUACGCAUUAUCCGAAUGUGUAUAAGUUACAUGUGCUUAUUGUUUACAACUUAAAUUUCGUUGUUGUUAUCGAUCUACAUUUAGAAUUUAGUUUAUAUAAAAUGUGUAGAUCUAGAUCUAUAUAUAGAUUGUUUGUUUCAAAAUAAACAUCCAAACCCAUCAUAUUGGCAUCAUGGAUUCAUUCUCAGAUCGAACACACGAUCCACUCUUAUUCUUAAAUGCUGAUAAAAGUGAUCUUGAUGCAUUUCUUAUGAGCACAAGUGCAGAGAUGGCACAUAUGGCUGAAGAAAUGCAUGCCAAUGUUUCUGAUGUGAAAAUGGAGAAUAGCCUUGACUUGGAUUCACUUGAAGCCAAUGGUCAAUUAGGGGACAUGACUUGGCUGCACAACUCUUCUCUUUCAACAUUAACUCACUUGGAUAAUGAUGACACAUCUGAUGUUGCUAAUAUGAUCUCUGUCAAUCCACAGUCUGUCCUUCCUAUGCAAAUAAUCCAAAAUGAAAAGACAGAAAACUUGUUAUCUUCAGAAAGUGCCAACAGUGCUGCUAUGCGUCUCCAUGCUAACUGUAGCAAUUUAUUAAAUUCACCAGAGAAUCAAAUUGAAUCACUACAGCAGCAAGAAGUUUCUCAGUUAACAUGUCAUCAUGUUUUGAGACAAGACCAUCCAACAAUUCGAAUAUUAUCUGUAGCAAGCCAAGCCAGUCCUCAUAAUUCACCAGGUAAAACUCAAAACUAUCUUAUCACAUCUUCCAGAAAUUCACCUCUUAAACCACAAACUUUUGUAUUGACAACAGCAAAUGGUUCUUUACCUUCUGGUCUAACUAUUACAACCUCACCCAAUGAAACAAAUGGAGUGCAGCAGUUUCUCUUGUCCUCACCUCAGAAACUUCAGACUAUUACAACAGAUAAAAAUGGCAGGGUUUUGCUCAAGUCCGGAAACAAUCUUUUGUCACCAUCUCAAGCUUCACCAGUUUUGUUGGGUAGAUUACAAACAGGAGUUCAAUCACAAGUGUUUCAAAAUAUUCAUCUAACUUUGCCAGCAUCAGCAAACUCCAAUAAUCUUUCAGAUUCUGCUGCAGUAACUUCAACAACUAACUGCGAAGAACGUACAUAUCCUAAACCAGUCUUUUCCUAUAGUUGUCUUAUUGCAUUGGCAUUAAAAAAUAGCAAGAAUGGAAGCCUUCCUGUUAGUGAGAUAUACAACUUUAUGUGUGAAAACUUUCCCUACUUUAAAACUGCUCCUGAUGGAUGGAAGAACUCUGUUCGACACAAUUUGUCGUUAAAUAAAUGUUUUGCCAAAGUAGACAAUCCAAAAUUAAGUCAAGGUGCUAAAAAAGGAUGCCUCUGGGCUUUGAAUCCAGCUAAAAUAUCUAAAAUGGAAGAUGAGAUCUCUAAAUGGGGAAAAAAAGAUCCAGCUGGUUUGCUCAGUAGUAUGGCUUAUCCUGAAAAUCUAGAAGCCAUUGAGAAAGGUCAAGCAGGACUUCACUACUCCAGGAAAAAAUCUCCAGAUUCAUCACCCUGCACACCUUUACGUGCUGAGCCAACACCUAGAAAAACAGACUGUUCUGAUAUGAAAUCUGAAUAUUCUCAAAUAAAAAUAGAAAAGUUUCACCAUAAUAUUAGACUAGAAAACUGCGAAGCACAGACACCAGUUAAAACAGAUUAUCCCCCUGCUGUUCAGAGAGACUAUACACCUAUGAGGCAAGAUUAUGGAUCACCUGCACCAAAACUUGCUUCCCAUUUUAAGUUAGAUAAUGCAGACCUGAACUGUUUAGAAAUUCCAGUAUCUUUUAAUAAUGAUGCUCUCACAGAUCUUGUUUUACAGAAUUCAACUUGGGACGAUGAUUAUGAAAACAAUUUAGAUCUUGAUCUUAUCUGUGAUUCUCCAUCAUCUCAUUCACAUGUGUCCUCUCAAUCACCACUGACAGUCAGAGCGUCUCCUAAUUUUGUCUCUCACAGUACAGAUUUCUACACCAGUCCUGCCAUCCAUCAAUUGUAUAAUACUAUCAGCAGUAGUCCUGUCCAGAUGAUCAACCCAUCCCCUUCAAGUGUCAGAACUAAUUUGUUUGGAGUGACUACACCAACAAGGAGAACACUUUAUACAUAAUACAGAUAUGUAAUCCUUAUCAGCUGAACUAAAUAGAAAGCCUCUCCUUUUUAUUUACUUGUCUAGGAAAUAAUAGCAGUUAGAAGGUGGCAUCACUUAAUGAAUGUCAGAUUUUUUUUAGUCAAAAUUUUAUAUAAUAAAGAAAUCAUAUCCUGGGGUAGGGAGAAUCAACCUGUUUAUUUUGGUCUUUAUUACUUUUUGCUAUUGUCCUAAUUACUCAGACUGAGGUUUAAAUUUUUUUAAAAAUCUGGUUACAUUUUAUAAGUGAGAACUGCAUUUGACAAUUAAGACAGUUCUCAUACACCAGGUAAUUUUUUUUUAUGGCUAAUUAAUUUUUUGUGAAAAUCUUUAUAACCCUUAUUCUUUUUAAGAUUUAGCCCAAUUAGUAAAUAAGUUGGUAGUUUACCCUUAUGUAUAAAGUAAUUUUACAGUUUGUACAAAAUAAUUUUUCUGAGCAUAAAUCCUCUUCUAUUGUAAAUUCUCUGUAGCUUAUCAGUAUAAUUGUUCAUCCCACCUGUUUUUAAUGGAAUGUCUUAGAUCCACUAUUUGUACAAGUUUACAACAUUCCAAAUCAAAUGAAUUGUUUCCAAACAAUCAAAAUCAAAUAUUUGUGCCUUGAGAAUUAUUUCCAUUCACUUCUCAGUCUUGUGCCACAAAUAGUUCUUCAAUGAGACAUUUUCUUUUAUAAACAAAAAUAAAACUACAAAAUGUGAAUUUUUAAUAAAAAACAAUUUUGUGUACAUUAAAUUUUGUGUUUGUGUGAUUAAGAAAAAUGUUGUUUGAACGUAUUCAGCUGGCUAACAUUUCUUUAGCUUUGAUGUACACAUUUGAUUCAAUUCAUGUCCAUUUGAACCCAUACACUAGACCAGUGUUUCCCAAACUGUGUUCCAGGUAUCCACAUGGCCCAAAUAGGUGUUCCACUAACUACUGGCAUAAUUAACUGGUAGGCCAUCUUGUGAAUUAAAUCUCUAUAAAAAAAAAAAAAAAAAAUUUUUCACUAAA